UACUGCAAACCACAUACUGAGAAGAAAAAGAAACCCACUCCUGCAUGCAAUAUUCAAAUGCGAGGUCCAUAUUCAAUGAAGUGAAAAUUACUCAAGAAAAACAACAGAGGACAAGGACAUCCAAAAUCUUUACAUGAUAUCCAGCAAAGAAGCGACCUUUUCUUGAUGUGCGUGGAGAAUGGACUGUCGGUCACAUGUCACACCAGUGCACAGUGCACAGUGACACAGUCCAUUUCCCUCUUCAACCAAUCAGAAUACUCCAGAAGGGUUCGGCUUACUCUCCCUCAAAUCUUUGUCCCAAAGUCACGCUACAAAUAAAUACCCCCCAAUCCCCUCACUUCCUAAGCCAUGGCCUUGAUUUUUAUUUAAGUUCAUUGCUUGAUCCAUUUCCAUCCCAGCAAAAGCCUGAAACAGUAUUAAUCGUCGAUAAAAUGGAAGGACAAGGUGAAGAUGUUAGGCUGGGAGCAAAUAAGUACAGGGAGAGGCAGCCUAUAGGAACAGCUGCUCAAACCCAAGAUACCAAGGACUACAAGGAACCACCUGCUGCACCACUGUUUGAGCCUGCCGAGUUAUCCUCAUGGUCCUUUUACAGGGCUGGCAUUGCCGAAUUCGUUGCCACUUUCUUGUUUCUUUACAUCACCGUUUUAACUGUAAUGGGUGUCGCUAAAUCUUCAACCAAGUGUUCUACUGUAGGGAUUCAGGGCAUUGCUUGGGCUUUUGGUGGCAUGAUCUUUGCUCUUGUCUACUGCACUGCUGGCAUUUCAGGGGGUCAUAUUAACCCAGCGGUGACUUUCGGGCUGUUCUUAGCGAGGAAGUUGUCGCUGAUAAGAGCAGUCUUUUACAUGAUAAUGCAAUGCCUUGGAGCUAUAUGUGGCGCUGCCGUCGUAAAGAGCUUCCAAAAGACCCAAUACGAAAGGCUAGGCGGCGGUGCAAACACGGUUAGCUCGGGAUAUAGCAAGAGUAGUGGCCUUGGUGCUGAGAUUGUUGGUACCUUUGUUCUGGUCUAUACGGUCUUCUCCGCCACUGAUGCUAAGCGUAAUGCACGAGACUCCCACGUCCCUAUCUUGGCACCGCUGCCUAUUGGGUUUGCUGUGUUCCUGGUCCACUUGGCAACAAUUCCCGUUACUGGAACAGGCAUUAAUCCAGCUAGGAGCCUCGGCGCAGCUCUUAUUUACAACAAGGACCAAGCAUGGGAUGACCAUUGGAUAUUCUGGGUAGGACCUUUCAUUGGAGCAGCCUUAGCAGCUUUGUACCACCAAAUAGUGAUAAGGGCCAUCCCUUUCAAGUCCAAGUAAGGGAGUGAGGGAGGAAACAGGUGCUUGAUAAGUGCCAGUCUAUGAUGAAGUGUUCUCCAUUAUCAUUUUCUCUUCCAAGGAGUGAGUUUGAUGUUUAUUUUUCAUCUAUGUAAUUAAUGGUCGGUUAAGGAACGAAGCAUGGGCACCUAUAUUGUACUAGUGGUGGUUCCAUAUCAAUGGUUUUCUCUAAUAUGAAUGUAAUUGAUGCACGACAAAAGUUAUGAUUAAGGCAGGCAAAUUGACCAUUUUCUACUCUUAAAUAAA